AUUAGUCCUCGGCUUCGGUUUAUGCUGCGGCUAUAGGUAGCCUCAGAGAAAAGGGCAGCUGCUAUCUUUGGUGUAGGUUCCUGACGAUCAACGUGAGAACCAAGAAAUCCAAACUACCAGUAACCUUUUCCAGCCGCGUGAGAUUCUAUUUAUUGGAAACCGCGUCGCACAUGUACUUUAUUCCAGUUGGGUUUGUUUGUUUGUUUGUUUUCAGGCGAAAUAAACCCACUUGGAAUGAAAGGCAACCUCUUAGGACGUGUACCUAUCCCCGCCGGGCGCCUUGGGGUAACAGUGCGAAGAAAUGCCGGCGGCCCCCGCGGGAGAGCCAGAGCCGGCGGGAGCCGCGGGGCAGCCCCCUCCUCCGCCCCGGGCAGCCGGGAGGGGCUGGAGGAGCGAAGGAGUUAAAGGGAGGUGCUUGGGAAAUCUGAUGCUAACGAAGCCCCAGGAAUGUUGCACAUUUCCAUUCCCCUCCAGCUUUCGGAGGAGGUCAGUCCCCGCUGCGGACCGCCGCUCGGAGGAGCCCAGCCCCGAGGCCGCACUUGCUCCGGGCGCUGCCCCGCACCUUCCCGCAGGAGAAAAUGAAGUUCCUUCUGAAGAUGCCCUAAUACUACAGCUGCACCUUGCAAAAGGGCAUGAAAAAUUUACUGAAAUGCUAAAAAGCCAACAGCAGAUCAUUGUCGAUUUGCAGCAAAAACUUGCUGAGCAGCAGCACAUAUUGGUUAGCCAGCAACGAGAGAUUCUUGAACAGCAAAGAAAAAUGUAUGAGCAAAUGGAUCUGAUCAAAGUCCAGUAUGGCAUGCUUUUUGAUACAGUGAAACAAAUGUCCUUUCAGAGUUUGCAAGAAGAUAUUCAAAAUUAUUUUGAAAGUCAUCUUCAAGGACUUCAGAACCAGGUCAGAAAUCAUCUCCAGAAGUCAUACUCUGUGCAUAAAGUAGAAGUGGAUGCAAAAGUGAUUAAUGUUGGGGAGACUUUGCUGGACUGUGGCCUUUGUGAAAGUGAUGAAUUUUGCAAUUUCCAAAAGACACCUUCACAAUGUGAAAAAUGCACAUUGUGUCCUGCUGGUUUUUUCCAAAUGGCCGAGUGUUCUGCAAACUCUGAUCGGAUUUGCCAGGACAGAGACGAAUGCACUGAAUCUCCAAGCAUUUGUGGUGAGAGGAUAAAAUGCCUCAAUACUCCAGGUGGUUUCCGAUGCCUUGGAAUUGCUGAGAAAGAUGCAGCUUUGGGAGUGUGUGGAGAGGAGUAUUUCUUUAAUAAGGAAAUGCAGGAAUGCCAAGCAUGUUUAAAAUGUGAAGAUGGAAUGGUGGCCAUGCCUUGUUCCACUGUCAGUGAUACGGUUUGUUCAGCAACCAGUGGAAACAAGCUCUCAGAGUCUUGGGCUGCAAACAUCAUUCUACCCUCUGUGAAGUCUGGUAUCUCUCAGGUCUACUCUGGCUUGAACUUGAAGAUAAAGGGAAAGCUUCCCUGUGAAAUCCUGUCUGUUGAAGAUAACAGCCUGGUAUUCAGGCAACAUGGUUUGUUGUGGACGGACUUAAAUUUUGCAGUCAAACACAACUGCAGGAAUUUUUUGCAACUUUCCUUAAAGCUUAAUGACAGUGAGGAAGGCUAUGAACUGAGCAGUGUUCGCAUUGAACAGCCAGAAGGAAAGUAUUUCCAGAGCACUAGUUUAAGCAGUGCUGCUGAAGUGGAGCCUAGCCAAACUCUUUCUGUGUACUUGAGGAGCCCAAAUCAAUUCUGCAAUCAAAGCAAAGAUUUAAAUGUUUAUGAUCUUAAUACUCCACUCAGUUUGUUUUGGCUGUCCCAUGACACAGGUGCUGUGGCACUCAGUGCACAGAUGUCGACAGCAAUGCAUUACCAAACUAAUUAUCGACCUACCUUUAAAAUAAUUUCUGUUUCUGACCCUUACAUGCUAAGUUUAUCUCAUGAUGGCAGAGCUAUAAAGUUCACUGAAACUGGUGUUGUCAAAUUUGUGUUCCACCAAGCAUUGUAUUCCAUGGGUCAUACAUGUGUCCGGGAGGGCUUCUCCUUAAUUUCUUACAUCAAUAGGAAUGGUACCAACAGAGAAUUAAUGAAUGUAUUUAAAUCUGGGGUAAAUUACAGAGACACAUCAAUAUCUGCUUCUGGUGCCACAAAAGUUGGUGCUGGAGAUCUGAUUAGCUUUGAGAUACUUUCUCCUGCACAGUGUAAUGUUCGGUAUUUUGGAGAUAGUUCUGGAAUUAGUAUGUUUAGCCUCAUCUGGAUCCCUUCAUCAGUUUCUAGUGCCUUAUCAGCCACAGUUUCUGUUACAGGUCUGCCCACUGGAGCUGUGAGAAACAAAUUAUUGGAUUUCACCCAGGUCUCAUCCAAUGAGAAACAGAUACAGCUGGUUUCUUCUGGACAGCUUGCUCAGAAGUAUUUCAUUUUUACUGAAAAGGGAGUUGCCAGCCUUGCAUUUAACUUGAAGCUAAUUCAUUCAUGCAGUGUGCUCAAAAUGACUCUCAAUCAGUUGACCAUGGAUCACAUGCAACCCACAGCAAUUGCUCAGCAGAUUGGAGGUCAGAUGCCAGAGGGAAGCAUAUGGACCAGCGUGUCCCUCCGUGCAUCUUUUGAAGUACGUAACGGAACACUGAUAUCAGUUUCUAUUGACUGUGUGCGUGGAAGGAUCAAUCAGAUCACUCAUGAACAAGGAACAAGUGUAUCUAUUUUAUGGAUUUCGUCUUAAUUUCUAUACAGUCAAGAUAGCACAGAUUUGGGAUUUAAAUUGCAUUUGGAUUCAACUCUGAUUCUGUACAUAUUUGACACCUUACACUGUGUUGACAUGAGCAGAUUGUCCCACUAAAAUGCUUUUAAUUUUAGGAAUAUUUAAAUAUAAUCUUAAUUGAAUAAUUAGUAUUUAAAGAAAAACAGAGCUUUCAGUGUUCCAAGAUUUUACUUCUGUUAACAUCUUCAGCCAGGGGAACCUUGAAUUCAAAUGAAACUCUCUUAUUUUUCAUAAAGCAGUCUCUUAAAAUUAGUUAUUUCUGGGCCACAAAAAAUUGCAGGUGAGGGUAAAUACAUACCUUUUAGCACUGGAGCUGAAAGCAGCACAGCCAAAUAAUGGAAACCUGCUUUCAGUUUUUUCACCACAACAGGCUAAUAACAAGACUAAAUGCACUUUGAGGUUAAUUUGUCCACAUCUUAUAAAAUUUUGUGCUUCCUAUAAAUGCAGAAAGCAUGCCUCAAACUAGAGGUGAUAAUAUGGUAACACUGGCGUAUACAUGCUUAAUAAUAUAGAAUGGACAUGGGUCAAAAAUUGAACAUUGUUUUUACAGCAAAAGUAUUGGAAUUAAUAACUGUUCUAAUUUCAUUUGGAGAUAAUCUGCAUUUAAGUAAUUUGGGAAGGCUUUUCCCCAUUCUUAGUUUUGCCAGUGAAAAGUUGCAGGACAAGAAGGAAGGAAGUCUAUUCUAAAAAGUAAUAGUAUAUAGGAGAAAAAAAAAAAGAAUAUUAAAAGAAUGUAUUGAAAAUGAG